GCUGCCCCCGGCUGGGAGCGUGACUUGGCCGGUCGUCCGCCUUCCGCAGGUGACUCCGGCCACAGCCCCUCGGCCGCGGGCGAAGUGUAGGCGCAGCCCCCGAGGCGCCCCAGGGCCCUUCUCGAGCGGCGGCGGCGGGCCCAUGGAGGACGGCCCCGUGCGAGCGCCGGCGGAGCAGCCGCGGGGCGCCAGGUGCAGCAAUGGGUUCCCCGAGCGGGAGCCGCCGCGGCCCGGGCCCAGCCGGCCGGCCGAGAAGUCCCCGCGGCCCGAGGCCAAGAGCGCCCAGCCCGCGGGCAGCUGGAAGGGCGAGCGGCCCCGCAGCGAGGAAGACAACGAGCUGAACCUCCCUAACUUGGCGGCCGCCUACUCGUCCAUCCUGCGCUCGCUGGGCGAGGACCCCCAGCGGCAAGGGCUGCUCAAGACGCCCUGGAGGGCGGCCACGGCCAUGCAGUUCUUCACCAAGGGCUACCAGGAGACCAUCUCAGACGUCCUAAAUGAUGCUAUAUUUGAUGAAGAUCAUGAUGAGAUGGUGAUUGUGAAGGACAUAGAUAUGUUUUCCAUGUGUGAACAUCAUCUAGUUCCAUUUGUUGGAAAGGUCCAUAUCGGUUAUCUUCCUAACAAGCAAGUCCUUGGCCUCAGCAAACUUGCAAGGAUUGUAGAAAUCUAUAGUAGACGACUACAAGUUCAAGAGCGCCUUACAAAGCAAAUUGCUGUAGCAAUCACAGAAGCCUUGCGACCUGCUGGAGUCGGGGUAGUGGUCGAAGCAACACACAUGUGUAUGGUAAUGCGAGGUGUACAGAAAAUGAACAGCAAAACCGUGACCAGCACGAUGCUGGGUGUGUUCCGGGAAGACCCAAAGACUCGAGAAGAGUUUCUGACGCUCAUUCGGACCUGAGGUCGUGUGCGUGGUGUGGCUCUGCAGAGUGUACUGUUGGUAGCAUCAUCUGUCUGGUCUUGUUUGAACAUUCCAUUUUUCAAUUGUUACAGAUGUGAACUUUAUUCCUUGUCACAAAUUGUAUUUAAAAAUUAUUUAUAGAAAGUCAAAUAAAUAUAAUUAAUAAAGGGGUGAGCCCUCUACUUUCUUCUUGCCACCUUUUAGUGGCAAUAUUGAAGUGAACUGCCAAGAGUGUAAUUCAUAUGCACAGUAUCACUGCCUUUCAGAUAACCCGAGGGUGCUGGGAAGGGAGAAUGCACGUGUUUUGGUAAAACAGUGUGGUAAUCAGACACAUAAGCACAGGAACAUAGGAAAUGGAAGAGACCUAUGGCUAAUACACUGGUUUUUGUUUUCCUCCUCCAACAAAAAUGGUGUAGUGCCGAAAGUGCUAAAAUAUUUAUGUACCGUGUUUGUGCAGUAUUGUUCUGUGAAAUCAAAGUCCAACGGCCUCCACUUUGAUCAUGUUUAUUAAACCACCAGUGACAUGUUUUUUUUUAAUAUAUUUAUAUUUUAACUAUCCAGUUACAAGUCACCAGGGGAAGGUGGUGGAAUAUCUACGUUUUUGACUUUACUGUGAGUUAAAAAGGCACAUUUCUACCUUCUUUUUAAAUUCAAGUACAGGGAAUUAGUCCCUAGAGUUGUUUACGAUUAUAUUCUCAUAUCAACAUACAGGGAUUUUAGACAUUUAACUCUCUGUGCCUUGAUGAGAAUAUCACGUCAUUUAGAGUCUAGAUACUUUUGCCUUUUUUAAAAAGCCAUUAUCUUAUAAGACUUAGUAUGGACAAUGCAAAUAACUAGUCAUCACAGUUUUACCUUUAAAAGUUUCUUGGGAUUUUACUUUGUGUUUUCCAUGUAGAUGCCUCAAAACAUUAUUUUUGAUCUUAUGAAAUAUUUUUCUAAGAAUUUCCAGAAACUUUUGAGAGUGCCCAUCAUUUUCAGGUCUGCAGAACCGUGGCUUCCGUGAACCUGAAAGAAAACAGAAUGAACUGUUGGUGGACGGCAUUGCGAGCUGUGUCCAGCGCUCUGACCAAAGCUGUGUGGUUGGCGUCCGUGCAGAUGCACAGGAGGCCCUGGCCUUGGCUUCCCUUGUGGUCUGAGUGGGUCUUGUCUUCUGUGCAACUCUGUGCAGGUGGUGUAGGUGUUUUAAUGCUGGAAGCUGUUGCCUUAUUAAUGAUUAUCUUAAAGUUUCCUCCACUGGGGCAGUGUGGGCCAAAUUAAAACAAAAGAAAAACCCCAGCUCCCUGCAAAACCCCAAUUAUUUCUUAUUUGGUUGAUAUGGUGCCAAAUAAGGCUCCACUUUGAUAGUGUUUAUUAAACCAAAUUUAUCCCAUUACCUUAAAAAUAAUGAACUGUGAUGCUUCCUUUAACUUUGGUAAUCCUAUCUCUGCCACUGUAAUGCCAUUUAGCUUAUGAUAAGGCAAGAUGGCAGAGAUUUUUUUUUUUAAAACUCUUCCCAUCUUUUCCUAUAUUUGGAAUUUAAGUACUACAGUGUUGGCUGAUUUUGAGUUCCUUUUUAAGUCUAACCCAGUAUAAACAUUGGCUUGCUUAAUAUUUAGACAUUUAUAGGUAGAUUUCUAAGCACACAACUCAUGUUUGGUAUUUUACAGUAAAAACAAGUAUGACUUGGAGGACCAAAGAAAUUGUCAGCUAUAAAUUUAUCUUUAUGAGAUCAUUUGCAUUCCUUUUUAACAGCUUCUUUGUUCUAACAUUUCCUAGAAGUGUUCUUAUAAAACAUCUAAUGUAUCCACAGACUGUCGUCUUAUUGUUAAAUGCAAAGUGAUGACCUUGUCCAUUUUACUCUGGUCUGUAGUACUUCGAAAUUUGCCUUUUCAUAUCCAUGAACUUGAGUCCAUUUUGGGGGGUUUUUAAGAAUCGGAUGCAUUUAAAUACACUGUUCAAUUAAAUUGUUUGAUUUUAUGUAUGUGUGUGUAUGUUCCUGAAGUUGGUUCUAUUUAAAUUAUUAAAGCAUUAUAACUUUG